AUGGAUCUCUCGAUGAUUCUUUGUCCUGUCCUCGAAGAAGAGAAACCAGCGUCGCCCGUCUCUCCUCGCGAGCCAAACCGCAAGUGGAGUACAGAUGAGCUCCAGUGCGCCGUAGCGAUCCUUCAAGACUUCCAACAGCCGUCAGUCACUGACUCUGUGCCAAACGUGCAUAACAAAAGUGACGUCAAGGUGACGCAUGAUAACAAUCAAGAGCAGAAGCACAAUCAGGAGAAGCAACAACAUUCAAAGAAGCACGAUCGAGCGAGCGACAAAGACGCAAAUGGAGUGAGUCUUAUUGAAAGAAAAGUACAGGAGCAAAAUCUUUCUGCCGAGGACUGGGAGGAUGACAGUAUGUCCAAAUUAGAUUUACUGGUUCAGGCGGACGCUCUUAUCAAGCGUAGCAGUCCAAAGGUACUCUCGCCACUUGCACGUGAAAACCUGAAUUAUGUGCGCAGCGGAGUUUGGUCUCGUGCCGAAGAAGAGUACGCUGCAGCGCUCGUUUCGUUCUUUUUAAAAGGGCUUCUCGAUUUGCCAGAGGGUGUGACGCUACGUAAAUUUUUAGCAGAAAAGCUGUGCUGCAAUCGCCGCCGCGUCUCGAUGAAAUUAGGAACAGAGACGCUGGCUGGACAGAAAAUUCCUAAAAAAAUUGGCGCGUCAGUAUAUGUUAGUGCCAAUCCUCCUCCAAGUGAUCACAUCCGACGUGAAGCCGAGUGCAUGCUAGAGGAGCUUCGAGCUAUUAAUUUCAGCACUAGAGUGCUGAACAACAACGUUCAAGAUGAUAAAGGUGGUGAUCAACCGUUAUGUCUAAACGGAAAGGAGGAUGAAGAUGAGAAGGAAGAAAAGAUUGGCGCGCUUCAAACUCGAAAAGAAGUGUUUGGGCAAAAAAGGAAGUCUGAUCAUUACAAUUUGAAGUCCAAGCGCCGUAAGCCCACAAUUAUUCGUACAGGGUUCGAAUCACAUGAAGAAGAAGAAUUUGUUACCACAGUGUUUGAGUAUUUCAUAGCUGGAUCUUUAGAUCUUCCUGAAGGCACUAGGCUUGUGGCAUAUCUCUGCCAACAAUUAGGCUGCUCACCAAAGCAAUUGUCAAUGAAGCUCGCACCUCAGCGCAUGAAUGAUCACAAAUUUCCGGAUAACGUCGGCUCCAUCACAUACGCUCGAAAGAUGGUGAAGACAGACAAUAUGUCAUCGGACAGUUCGGAUGAUAACGAUAUUUCUGAGGAAUGUUUCGAAGUGGAAAGCCGCAUUACGGAGCUGCGUCUUGCAUACGAGGAUGCGCACAAGAUAGUGCCUCUUCAGGUCGCCACACCAGUCAAGCGGGAGCGCAAAUCCAUUUUUACCAGUCGUAUAAGCUCUGAAACUGCCACCUUGGACAGUACGCCGAGUGUUAGCCCCAUGCGCGUCUUCCGGCGCAGUGGUCCAUGGUCACAUGAUGAAGAAGUGUACGCAGCAGCACUUAUUGAUUCAUUUUUUAAAGGUGUGCUUGAUGUUGCCGAGGGCACUACACUUCGAGCUUUUCUAUCGUCACGCUUGUGCUGCAAUCCUAUGCGGAUCUCGAAAAAGCUGGCUAGCGAGUCGAUUGCAGCAAUUCCGAUCCCCAAAAAAUUGGGUAGCUCGACGUAUGUGCGUAACGUUAAAGUGACACCGGAAGAACGAGUUCGGGCGGAAGGAGUUUUGUAUGAUUUACGAGCUGUUUACAUGUUUUCGGGCCGAAACAAGAGGGACGGAGCGAAGCGUUCACGUCACACUCGAGUUCGUCGUCCGCGAAUGCUUGUUGGCGCGUUGAGUACAGACUCGGAUAACACUGAGUCGGACUUGGAUACGCCCACUGCUGCAGAUCGUGAAAAACGUAUUGAGACGUCAAGAAAGACUGCGAACAAACACUAUGCCGCCUGGAAUGAGCAAAUGCAACGUUCAAGUACCAGUUCCAAUCUAUUUGUGCCAGCGCUGCUUAAGGAGCAGCUGGCUUAG